CAAUAUUUUCAAAGUUUCGGGAGAUAGAUGUUACGGGAUGUUGUUACGUGUGGUGUAAUUACAGUGUUGUUGUUUUUUUCCCCUUAUAAACAAAAAAUCAAAAGGUAGUUGUUUAAAAAAAAAAAAAAUUACGAACGAAGAUUAUGCAGCAGGUUGAACGAUCUGAUGCACAAGCCGUGAUGGCUUUAAGGCAUCGAAAAAUCAACAGUCAUGAAUUAGAAACUAGCAGUGAUAAUUGCGUUACAGCUGAAUACCAAAUUAUCGAAGCUCCAGACUGGGAUGAUGGCAGUGCUUAUGACAUAAAGAGAGAUUUGGGAAAAACGAUGGUUCAAAGGUUAUUUCACUGGGGUCCAAUGGCAGUAAUUUGCCUAACAUUAACUAUUGGAACCGCUACUACGUAUGUGCAUUUGCAAUGGUGGCCUUUAACUACAGUAACUUCAUUCUUGCAUCUUUCCCUUUUCUUAUCAUUCAAUUACCUGACUCUAAUUAAUCUUAGUCGAUCAUCAUUUUUCGGUCCGGGAUAUGCUCCAUACAACUGGAAACCACCGAGAAAGGAGGAUGAAGAUCGGUUACAGUAUUGUCGAAUAUGUAAUGGUUUCAAGAUGCCUCGUUCGCAUCAUUGCUCAAAUUGUGGUCGCUGUGUUUGUAAAAUGGAUCAUCACUGCCCUUGGAUAAAUAACUGUGUUGGACAUCGAAAUCAUGCACUCUUUGUGCGCUUUCUUGCCUCAGCAACACUUGGUUGCAUUCAUGCUGCAAUAAUUUUAUCUUCUGCUUUAUAUCGCUUUUUAUUCCGGGUGUGGUAUUUCAAUUAUGGUGAUAGCAAUGAACUGAUUGUUUUAUCAUUAUAUUCAUUUAUUUUUGUUAUAUUUGCAUUUGGCCUUACAUUGGGUGUCAUAAUUUCAGUUGGUUUUUUAUUAGGUGUACAGAUUCGAGGGAUAAUGCGGAAUCGUACUGGUAUUGAAGAUUAUAUUGUUGAUAAAGCAAACGCACGUGAACGAAAUACUGCAUUUAUCUAUCCUUACGAUUUGGGUUGGCGUCGUAAUAUAUCUGAUGUGUUAUUAACAUUGGAUGGUAUACCAAAAGGAAAUGGAAUUUGGUGGCCUGUCAUGCAUCCAACUACACAGUUUACACUUUCGGAAGAGCAAUUGUUGCAAAAGAAAUACAAACGAGAUAAUGCUCAUGAAGUUGAAAUUAUACGGAAUUUCUCGGGUGGUUAUUGUACAUCGCUUAAAUUAGGCAUUUCUAUUUGGUUUUGUCAACCAUGGUCAGACGAAACACGACAAAUGGUGAAGAUUGGUGAGCACUGGAUGGUAACUCGAGUUAGUAAACAUUGGUUUUAUGGUGCUUUAAUAUAUAAGCAGGAAACAGUGAAACCGGGAAAAGAAAAAAAUAUUCUGAUUAGAGGAUGGUUUCCGCGAAUAUGCGCUCGAAGAUUAUGACGCGAAAACGGAAAUGAUUUUCUUGUUUAGAUUUCAAACUUUCAUUUAAAUUUAUUCAUUAUUAGUUCGUCGACCAAAUAUCUCAACCUUAUUGGAAACGAGAAACUAAAG